AUGAAGACCUCCACCGUCUUGCUCCUCCUCUCAGUCCUCGCCUCACUCUCUUGUUCCCAGAGCGACUCUCCGGAAGUCAUCGUCACAACGCAGGCAGGAAGCAUACGCGGCAUCCGCCUACCGACGCCCGACAGGAGUCACGUGACCGCUUUCCUUGGCAUCCCAUUCGCCGAGCCCCCGCUGGGCAAGAAGCGCUUCCGUAAGGCGGAGCCCAAGAAGCCGUGGUUGGGCGUGUUUGACGCUAGCUCCUACCCCAACGCCUGCUAUCAGUUCGUUGACACCUCUUUCCCCGGGUUCCAAGGAUCUGAGAUGUGGAACCCCAACAGGUUUACAUUUACUUUGACAUUUUCCAGUGUUCCGAGAUAUGUAACCCCAAAUGGUUGAUUGUUUUAGACAUCCUCUGGUUGCGUCCCUAAAUGCACUAUAUUCCCUAUUUAGUGCAGUACUUUUGACCAGGGCUCAUAGGACUCUGUUCAAAAGCAGUGCACUAUUUAGGACAUACGUUGUGUUUCAAUGUUAUUUUAUUCAUCUCUUUUCUUCUAUUUUACUUCCUUUCAUUAUUUAACUGUAAAGUGUGUUUGUGGUUUUAAAAUGACUUCUUGAAAUAAAGUUUGAUUAUACCAGUUGUGAUGGUACCUAGCAAGGGCACAAUGUUUAAUAAAUACAGUUUGAUUUGAUUUGAUUCCAACAGGGAGAUGAGUGAGGACUGCCUCUACCUCAACGUCUGGGUCCCGGCCUCCCCCAGACCUCACAACCUCACUGUGAUGGUGUGGAUCUACGGUGGAGGCUUCUACAGGUAGGUAGCCCAGUGGGCUAAGGAGAUGGGCCUGUAACUGGAGGGUUUGAUCUGGCAACUAGAGGACUGCUGGGUUCACAUCCUAACAACAAUCCCCUAACUACCAUUGUGCCCUUAUGCAAAGCACAACAUACUCUCCAUCCAGGGGUGCUUGGUGUGUAUGAUAUCUGAGUGAGAAAUGAACAAAACACAACAUGCUCUCUAUCCAGAGACAAAGUUCCAUGUAACAUAUGGACAAUAAUGUUCUAUUGUUCUAUAGUGGCUCCUCAUCCCUGGAUGUGUACGACGGACGUUACCUGGCCAACUCGGAGAGGGUGGUGGUGGUGUCCAUGAACUACCGUGUCGGGGCCUUUGGUUUCCUGGCUCUUCGUGGCUCCUCGGAGGCCCCUGGGAACGUGGGGCUCCUAGACCAACGUAUGGCCCUCCAGUGGGUCCAGGAUAACAUACAUAUCUUCGGGGGCAACCCCAAGCAGGUAAUGAUAAUAAAGAGUUUGUGUGUGCGCUUGUGCCUGCGUGCUUGGGAGAUGCUCUCUACAAAUUCAAUAUUAAUAUUAUGAACUACUACUACUACUACUACUACUACUACUCCCAGGUGACCAUCUUUGGGGAGAGUGCCGGAGCAGUCUCUGUGGGGAUGCACCUCCUGUCUCCAGAUAGUCGCCCCACCUUCACCCGAGCCAUCCUCCAGAGUGGAGUCCCCAACUGUCCCUGGGCCACUGUUACACCCGCUGAAGCCCAGCGGAGGGCAGCCAUGUUGGGGAAGCUGGUGGGCUGUCCCUCUGGGGGUAACAACACAGAGCUGGUGGACUGUCUCCGUAACAAGCCCCCCCAGGACCUCAUCGACCAGGAGUGGCAGGUAAUUUACAUUUACGUUUUACGUAAAGUUGUACAUUUAUGUGUACCUUUAUAUUUACGUUUUACGCAAAGUUAAAACAUUUGCAUAAAGCUUUGCAUUUAUGUUUACCUUUAUAUGUAUAUAUGCAUAUUUUACUUUAAAAUGUUUGUUUACAUGUGCAUUUAAACUUUUCAUUUUACUUUUAUGUUUUACUUUUUUAAGGAAUGUGUUCUCAAUUAGGCUAAAUAGAGAAAUAAACAGUCAAGGUUUUGAAAUUUAUAUUUUAUCAUUAUUAAGUAGUAAAGUUAUAUAGUGAAUAGGGUGCCUAUGGUUUAUUUGAUAUUAUUUACCUUUUUUUCCAGGUCAUGCCAUGGUCGGCCAUCUUCCGUUUCUCCUUCGUGCCGGUCAUCGAUGGCGUGGUCCUUCCUGACAACCCAGAGGCCAUGCUGUCAUCAGGCAACAUCAAAGACACCCAAAUCCUGCUGGGAGUCAACCAGGAUGAGGGCUCCUUCUUCCUCCUCUACGGAGCCCCCGGCUUCAGCAAGGUGUGUGUGUGUGUGUGUUAGGGCCGUGACGAUACCAGUAUCGCGAUACUCAUUAGUAUCGUUGCAAGGAAACAAAACACAAAUCAGAUUUAACUUCUUUAGGAAAACAGCCCUAAUGUUGGAAACAAACAUCAUUAUGUUGUCAUCCAGAGACACAUUUAUUUAUUUUCCAAGCUAUAGCACACAAUAAUUUACAUACAGCAGGUUUCAAACUUUCAAACAAGACCAAAGAGUUUGUUCUGCUUCGUGUUUUCAUUUUUGCCAUGGAAAAUAUAUUGUGAUACUAGUAUCGUCACAGCCCUAGUGUGUGUGUGUGUGUGUGUGUGUGUGUAUGCGCUCCACUGACACUGAUACAAUUCCACCCUAAUCUUUCAUUGGCACUCCAUAGGACAACGAGUCGUUAAUCUCCCGUGAGGACUUCCUGGAGAGCGUGAAGCUGAGUGUCCCGCACGCCAACGAAAUCGGCCAGGAGGCUGUGGUGCUGCAGGUAGGUGGACCAGCAGGUUGCUGGUUCGAAUCCUGGGUGAGCCGGGCGCUGAAAAAAAGUUUGAAUUGAUCUGGCAACUUGAGAGUUGCUGGAUGUGUGUGAUUAGUGAAACAAAUAGUCUAAUAAAGUUGUGUUGUAUAAAGGUCCCCGGUUUGAAUACAAGUCUAAUAAAGUUGUGUUGUAUAAAGGUCCCCGGUUUGAAUACCGGUCUAAUAAAGUUGUGUUGUAUAAAGGUCCCCGGUUCGUAUACCGGUCUAAUAAAGUUGUGUUGUAUAAAAGGUGCCCGGUUCGAAUACCGGUCGAAUAAAGUUGUGUUGUAUAAAGGUGCCCAGUUCGAAUACCGGUCUAAUAAAGUUGUGUUGUAUGAAGGUCCCAGGUUCGAAUACCGGUCUAAUAAAGUUGUGUUGUAUAAAGGUCCCAGGUUCGAAUACCGGUCUAAUAAAGUUGUGUUGUAUAAAGGUCCCCGGUUUGAAUACCGGUCGAAUAAAGUUGUGUUGUAUAAAGGUUCCAGGUUCGAAUACCUGUCUAAUAAAGUUGUGUUGUAUAAAGGUCCCCGGUUUGAAUACCGGUCUAAUAAAGUUGUGUUGUAUAAAGGUACCGGUUUGAAUACCGGUCUAAUAAAGUUGUGUUGUAUAAAGGUCCCAGGUUCGAAUACCUGUCUAAUAAAGUUGUGCUGUAUAAAGGUCCCCGGUUUGAAUACCGGUCUAAUAAAGUUGUGUUGUAUAAAGGUCCCAGGUUUGAAUACCGGUCUAAUAAAGUUGUGUUGUAUAAAGGUCCCCGGUUUGAAUACCAGUCUAAUAAAGUUGUGUUGUAUAAAGGUCCCCGGUUUGAAUACCGGUCUAAUAAAGUUGUGUUGUAUAAAGGUCCCAGGUUUGAAUACCGGUCUAAUAAAGUUGUGUUGUAUAAAGGUCCCCGGUUUGAAUACCGGUCUAAUAAAGUUGUGCUGUAUAAAGGUCCCCGGUUUGAAUACCGGUCUAAUAAAGUUGUGUUGUAUAAAGGUCCCCGGUUUGAAUACUGGUCUAAUAAAGUUGUGUUGAAUUAAAGUCCCCGGUUUGAAUACCGGUCUAAUAAAGUUGUGUUGUAUAAAGGUACCCGGUUUGAAUACUGGUCUAAUAAAGUUGUGUUGUAUAAAGGUUCCAGGUUCGAAUACCUGUCUAAUAAAGUUGUGCUGUAUAAAGGUCCCCGGUUUGAAUACCGGUCUAAUAAAGUUGUGUUGUAUAAAGGUCCCAGGUUUGAAUACCGGUCUAAUAAAGUUGUGUUGUAUAAAGGUCCCCGGUUUGAAUACCAGUCUAAUAAAGUUGUGUUGUAUAAAGGUCCCCGGUUUGAAUACCGGUCUAAUAAAGUUGUGUUGUAUAAAGGUCCCAGGUUUGAAUACCGGUCUAAUAAAGUUGUGUUGUAUAAAGGUCCCCGGUUUGAAUACCGGUCUAAUAAAGUUGUGCUGUAUAAAGGUCCCCGGUUUGAAUACCGGUCUAAUAAAGUUGUGUUGUAUAAAGGUCCCCGGUUUGAAUACCGGUCUAAUAAAGUUUUAUUGUGUUGCAGUACACUGACUGGUUCGAUGAGAACAACGGAGCAAAGAACCGAGACUCCCUGGAUGACGUGGUCGGAGACCAUAAUGUCAUCUGCCCCCUGCAGCACUUUGCCAGGACAUACUCCCAGUUCCACUCUAACCUGGGUGCCAACAAUGGACAACAGGCAGGUAACGCUGGGGCCAUGACCAAGGACGGGAACUCACAAGGUAAGAAUGGUUCAUGAAUGUUUUUCAAAUAUGUUAUUUCAUGUCUUGAUUGGUUUUUAAAGUAACUGUCCAGUGAAAAUCUCACUUUUAAAAGUUCAUAUUAUGUUACCUCAUACCCAAAUAAUGUUGUUGGCUCAUCCUAUACUCUUAUUUGUGGCAAAGCAAAAAUGUGAGAUUUUUUUUUAAAACCCCACCUUAAACUUGUAUCACAAACAGACGUUAAAAAAAUGCUUGCUAUUUCCUGCUCCUGAGGAGGAUGAGCUGGCCAAUCAGAAGUCUACUGGCAUGAAUAUGUUUGAUACCUGCGUGGCUUAAGGUGACCACGCCCCCGAGUAGGGUACAGACGUAGGGUACUCCCAUGUAAUUAGCCUAACUUUGGCGUCAUCCUAAGUAAACUGUCGUUUCAAUAAACAUUUUCAGCAGCAUCACGUGUCGUUAUUAACAUACUUGGCACAACAACAAAUUAUUUGCAUGAUACGUAUGCUGCCACUGUGUUACCCGACCUGCUACACUGACGUAAAGCAAGGAAAGCUGUCCAACACUGACAGUAAGCUGUCAUUAUAAAUACUGACCUGUAACACUGACGUAAAGCUGUCUCAUUAUACUGACCUUGCUAACACUGACAGUAAAGCAAGUAAAGCUGUCUCAUUAUACUGACGCUUGGCUAACACUGAGCAGUAAAAGCUAGUAAAGCUGUCUCAUUAUACUGACCUGCUAACACUUGGGACAGUAAGCUGUCUCAUUAAUACUGACACGUGCUAACACUGACAUUAAAGCUGUCACAUUAUACUGACCUGCUAACACGGACAGUAAAUCUGUCUCAUUAUACUGACCUGUGCUAAAACACUGACAGUAAAGGCUAGGAAAGCUGGUCAAUUAUACUGACCUGCUAACCACUGACAGUAAAGCUGUCACAUUAUACUGACCUGCCUAACACUGAACAGUAAAGCUGUCACGAAUUAUAACUGACCUGCUAACAACUGACAGUAAAGCUGUACAAUUAUACUGACCUGCUAACACUGACAGUAAAGCGUCUCAUUAUACUGACCUGCUAACACUGACAGUAAAGCAGUAAAGCUGUCUCAUUAUACUGACCUGCUAACACUGACAGUAAAGCUGUUCAAUUAUACUGACCUGCUAACACUGACAGUAAAUAGGACUGUCACAUUAUACUGACCUGCUAACACUGAUAAGCAAGUAAAGCUGUCACAUUAUACUGACCUGCUAACACUGACAGUAAAGCUGUCACAUUAUACUGACCUGCUAACACUGACAGUAAAGCUGUCUCAUUAUACUGACCUGCUAACACUGACAGUAAAGCUAGUAAAGCUGUCUCAUUAUACUGACCUGCUAACACUGACAGUAAAGCUGUCUCAUUAUACUGACCUGCUAACACUGACAGUAAAGCUGUCACAUUAUACUGACCUGCUAACACUGACAGUAAAGCUGUCUCAUUAUACUGACCUGCUAACACUGACAGUAAAGCUGUCUCAUUAUACUGACCUGCUAACACUGACGUAAAGCUGUACAUUAUGACCUGCUAACACUGACGUAAAGCUGUCUCAUUAUACUGACCUGCUAACACUGACAGUAAAGCUGUCUCAUUAUACUGACCUGCUAACACUGACAGUAAGCUGUCUCAUUAUACGACCUGCUAACACUGACAGUAAGCUGUCCAUUAUACUGACCUGCUAACACUGACAGUAAAGCUGUCUCAUUAUACUGACCUGCUAACACUGACAGUAAAGCUGUCUCAUUAUACUGACCUUGCUAACACUGACAGUUAAAGCUCAGUAAAGCUGUCUCAUUAUACUGACCUGCUAACACUGACAGUAAAGCUUGUCUCAUUAUACUGACCUGCUAACACUGACAGUAAAGCUAGUAAAGCUGUCACAUUAUACUGACCUGCUAACACUGACAGUAAAGCUGUCACAUUAUACUGACCUGCUAACACUGACAGUAAAGCUGUCACAUUAUACUGACCUGCUAACACUGACAGUAAAGCUGUCUCAUUAUACUGACCUGCUAACACUGACAGUAAAGUCUAUUAAGACGUCUGCUUCUCAUUAUACUGACCUGCUAACACUGACAGUAAAGCUGUCUCAUUAUACUGACCUGCUAACACUGACAGUAAAGCUGUCACAUUAUACUGACCUGCUAACACUGACAGUAAAGCUGUCUCAUUAUACUGACCUGCUAACACUGACAGUAAAGCUGUCUCAUUAUACUGACCUGCUAACACUGACAGUAAAGCUAGGAAAGCUGUCACAUUAUACUGACCUGCUAACACUGACAGUAAAGCUGUCUCAUUAUACUGACCUGCUAACACUGACAGUAAAGCUGUCACAUUAUACUGACCUGCUAACACUGACAGUAAAGCUGUCUCAUUAUACUGACCUGCUAACACUGACAGUAAAGCUGUCUCAUUAUACUGACCUGCUAACACUGACAGUAAAGCUAGGAAAGCUGUCACAUUAUACUGACCUGCUAACACUGACAGUAAAGCUGUCUCAUUAUACUGACCUGCUAACACUGACAGUAAAUCUGUCUCAUUAUACUGACCUGCUAACACUGACAGUAAAGCUAGUAAAGCUGUCUCAUUAUACUGACCUGCUAACACUGACAGUAAAGCUGUCUCAUUUAUGACCUGACCUGCUAACACUGACCAUUAAGCUAAGCAGAAAGCUGUCACAUUAUACUGACCUGCUAACACUGACAGUAAAGCUGUCUCAUUAUACUGACCUGCUAACACUGACAGUAACAGCUGUCACAUUAUACUGACCUGCUAACACUGACAGUAAAUGCUGUCUCAUUAUACUGACCUGCUAACACUGACAGUAAACUGUCUCAUUACGACCUGCUAACACUGAAGUAAAGCUGUCUCAUUAUACUGACCUGCUAACACUGACAGUAAAGCUGUCUCAUUAACUUACUGACCUGCUGAACACUGACAGUAAAGCUGUCACAUUAUACUGACCUGCUAACACUGACAGUAAAGCUGUCUCAUUAUACUGACCUGCUAACACUGACAGUAAAGCUGUCUCUUAUACUGACCUGCUAACACUGACAGUAAAGCUAGUGUCCAUUAUACUGACCUGCUAACACUGACAUAAAGCUGUCCAUUAUACUGACCUGCUAACACUGACAGUAAUAGCUGUCUCAUUAUACUGACCUGCUAACACUGACAGUAAAUGCUGUCUCAUUAUACUGACCUGCUAACACUGACAGUAAACUGUAACUGCACAUUAUACUGACCUGCUAACACUGACAGUAAACUGUCUCAUUAACUGACCUGCUAACACUGACAGUAAAUCUGUCUCAUUAUACUGACCUGCUAACACUGACAGUAAACUGUCACAUUACUGACCUGCUAACCUAAUAAGCUGAACGUCACAUUAACUGACCUGCUAACACACAGUAAAGCUGUCACAUUAUACUGACCUGCUAACACUGACAGUAAAGCAGGAAAGCUGUCACAUUAUACUGACCUGCUAACACUGACAGUAAGCAAGCUAGAAAGCUGUCACAUUAUACUGACCUGCUAACACUGACAGUAAAGCUAAGUAAAGCUGUCUCAUUAUACUGACCUGCUAACACUGACAGUAAAGCUGUCUCAUUAUACUGACCUGCUAACACUGACAGUAAAGCAAGUAAAGCUGUCUCAUUAUACUGACCUGCUAACACUGACAGUAAAGCUGUCUCAUUAUACUGACCUGCUAACACUGACAGUAAAGCAAGUAAAGCUGUCUCAUUAUACUGACCUGCUAACACUGACAGUAAAGCAAGUAAAGCUGUCUCAUUAUACUGACCUGCUAACACUGACAGUAAAGCUGUCUCAAUAUACUGACCUGCUAACACUGACAGUAAAGCUGUCUCAUUAUACUGACCUGCUAACACUGACAGUAAAGCAAGUAAAGCUGUCUCAUUAUACUGACCUGCUAACACUGACAGUAAAGCUAGUAAAGCUGUCUCAUUAUACUGACCUGCUAACACUGACAGUAAAGCUGUCUCAUUAUACUGACCUGCUAACACUGACAGUAAAGCAAGUAAAGCUGUCUCAUUAUACUGACCUGCUAACACUGACAGUAAAGCUGUCUCAUUAUACUGACCUGCUAACACUGACAGUAAAGCUGUCUCAUUAUACUGACCUGCUAACACUGACAGUAAAGCAAGUAAAGCUGUCUCAUUAUACUGACCUGCUAACACUGACAGUAAAGCAAGUAAAGCUGUCUCAUUAUACUGACCUGCUAACACUGACAGUAAAGCAAGUAAAGCUGUCUCAUUAUACUGACCUGCUAACACUGACAGUAAAGCUGUCACAUUAUACUGACCUGCUAACACUGACAGUAAAGCUAGUAUAGCUGUUUCAUUAUACUUACGUCACUGUUUGUUUACCCCUAGCUUUUUCGCUGGUUAACUGACGUUAGCUGGCUGGCUAGCAAGAGAAGUUAAUCUCGAUCUAAUUUGCUAGUCUUAGAUUUGCCGCGUAACUACUUCCAGUCUUUGCCUGCCCUUGAACGGUCUAGGUAUCUAGAAAAGUUGAUUAUUUUUGGCUUGCCUAUAUGUCCUUUCAACUUGCCGGAGACCAGCUGGGGAGACAACCUUACCAAAUGGCCCAAAGUAGCCUAUGGCAAUAUCUACACCUACUUGGUGGAAUCUCCAGGUUUACACAGGCAAUACACAUAGCUAGUUAGACACAAACAAGUAUUAGCUAGCGACUUACCGUGAAUGAAGUGGUCAGGGAUUCAUUCUGGUGUCCUAUUUCAUUCUAUGCUCUCUAGCUGGAGUUUACCUCUACCUGUUUGACCACCGUGCGUCUAACCUGGCGUGGCCUGAGUGGAUGGGCGUUAUCCAUGGUUACGAGAUAGAGUUUGUGUUCGGCAUGCCCCUGGAGAAGAGACUCAACUACACAGCCGAGGAGGAGAAACUGAGCCGACGCAUGAUGAGAUACUGGGCUAACUUCGCACGCACCGGGUAAGAGAGAGAGAGUGAGGGCGGGCGGGAUAGAAAGAGAGCGAAGAGAGAGAGAGAGAGAAAGAGGGGGAGAGAGUGAGAAAGAGGGGGAGAGGGGGAGAGAAAGAGAGAGAAAGAGGGAGAGAGAGAGCGAGAGAGAGAGAGCGAGCGAGAGAGAAGGGUUAAAGGGUAUAGGGUGUAUGUCUGUCUAUGGAAGCACACUGAAAGCUGUCCAACCCUCAUCUAUUCUCUUUCUUUCUCUCUCUCUCUGACUCCCUCCUUCCACCCUCUUCCACCUCUCUCUCCAGUAACCCCAACAUCAAUUUUGACGGCAGUGUGGAUAGCAGGCGGAGGUGGCCCCAGUUCACCAACAGUGAGCAAAAACACGUGGGUCUGAACACAGAAUCUCUAAAGAUCCACAAGGGCCUGCGGAACCAGCUGUGUGCAUUCUGGAACCGCUUUCUGCCACGCCUCCUCAAUAUCACC